AAUAAAUUUACCGUUGCUUCAUUCGUUUUUACUCGAUUUGUGCAGAAUUGAACAGGGACGGUGCUAAUUGAUAGAGCGGUUGCUCGAGUGAGAUAGUGCCUGCGAGUAUGAGUUUGCUGCCUCAAGCGAUGGUCGCAUCGCAGCAGUAAAAAAGACAUCAAUCAGGCUGUCCGUGUUUUAAAAACGAAGCUCUGCGGUGUUACUUGUAAUCAGAAGAAAAAUAGUUUGACUAAUUUUUGGAGUAAGGUAAACCUGCAACCAAGUUGCGACCAUCACAGGGAGCUCCGAUCCUCUGUCCGUCUAGACGUGGAGCUGUGAAAAAGUGGGUGUUUUCUUGUGUUGCGUUCUUCAUUUUUGCUGCGCUUUGGUUGACUGGCGAGAAUCUUCUUCGAUAGUGACAGUCGAUUUUUUGUGCUUCCACCUUUUUUCCCUUGUUUGAAUGUACUUCCAAUAAUAUUUUCUAAGUUAACUCAAAAUUAUAUUUUGAGAAAAGAGGAAACCGUGUUCCGUGUAAAUCCGAACUCAAUACAUACACUCUGUGGAAGAAACCAAUUUUAUUACAGCCGUAGAAAUUCCUAGCUAGCAAGGAAUUGCAAACAUGUCGAAAACUUUCAUAAAUAUUUUCACGACUCAUAAGAGGAUUGAAACCUUAGCCGUAAACUGGAAUAUGAUGCAAAGUGUCUAACAGCGCAAAAGAGGUGUAUGAAGUGUCUUCUUUUCCCAGUUCACAUUUAUUUUGGAUACUGCAGCUGGAUGGAUGGUGUGUUUAUUGCCAGGAAUGAAAGAGUGAGUGCAAACCGAGAAUAAGGUGUCAAAAAGUGUAAUCCACCGAAGUGAAGAUAUUUUUGGAAUAAGCAUAUGUAUCGAGUGAAAUGUGGAUAGAAGAACUUUGAAGAAAAUUGUGAGACAAAUUAUAGAAUACGCACCACCGUGAGAAGGAGGAAAAGAAUCAAGUACAUACUAUCAGUCAGUUUUGAGAAGAAACCAACGCCACUGCCUUCGCACUUGAACCACCUGUCGUCCACCAAGCGGCGAAGGACGCGAAGCAUCGAUCGAAGAAACACCUUUUACCCGGGAGGCAGCUGACACGUACGGUAUAGGAUAAAGCGACAAACAGCAGCAAAAUGCCUGGUUUGAUCGGUGUAAGCGAGUUUCUGGAGGAAACUCGCGAGGACUACAACUCGCCAACAACGUCCACGUUCGUGUCACGUAUGGUCCAGUGCCGGCAGACUAUUGCUGCCCUCGAAGAGACUCUCGAUUUCGACCGCGAAGGUUUGACUAAACUCAAAAAAGCAGUCAAAGCAAUACACAAUUCAGGAAACACACACGUCGACAAUGAAAUGUGUCUGGUGCGUGCCCUGGAACGGCUUGGCUCGGUAGCGCUCUCGAAGGAGGAACCGGACAUUGGGGCUGCAUUCCUGAAAUUCUCCGUCGUCACCAAAGAGCUCAGCGCGCUCAUGAAAACGCUGAUGCAAAACAUCAACAAUAUCGUCAUGUUCCCGGUGGAUUCGUUGCUCAAGAGCGAAUUGCGCGGGAUGAAGGGCGAGAUGAAGAGGCCCUUCGACAAGGCUGCCAAAGAUUACGACUCCAAGUUUAUGAAAAUCGAAAAGGAGAAGAAGGCUCUGGCCAAAGAUGCCGGAAUGAUGCGAACCGAAGUCACGCCGGCCGAAAUUGCUGAGGAAAUCGAAAAAGAGCGGAGGGUCUUUCAGUUACAGAUGUGUGAGUAUCUGAUAAAAUUCAACGAGAUAAAAACGAAGAAAGGCAUCGAACUGCUGCAGCACCUUGUAGAAUACUACCACGCUCAAAACAACUACUUCAAGGACGGCCUCAAAACGAUAGCACACUUCGGUACGUACAUCGAAGAACUUAGUGUAAAGCUGCAAACCAUCCGGCACAAGCAAGACGAAGAACGGCGGAAGCUGUUGGAGCUGCGAACUUUGCUACGUUCUUCACCCGACUUCGACCGAGUGGAAAAUGUUCCUAGCGAUCGGGGUGCGGCCGGCUAUUCGCUGCACCAGCUGCAGGGUGAUAAAAACCACGGAAUAACUCGCUCGGGACAUCUGCUGAAGAAGAGCGAAGGCAAGGUUCGCAGGGUGUGGCAAAAACGUCGAUGUAGAGUCACAGCGGAUGGCUUUCUCGACAUUUGCCAUGCGGACGAAACGAAAACCCCCACCCGAGUGAAUCUGCUAACCAGCCAAAUCAAACCUGCCUCCGACGACAAAAAGGGUUUCGACCUGAUUAGCUACAAUCGACCGUACCAUUUUCAAGCAGAGGAUGAAGUCGACCAGAAAGCGUGGAUGUCGGUCCUUAUUAACUGUCGGGAGAAAGCCCUUGCCAAAGCAUUCCAGCACGCAAACCCCCAGAUGAGUCCUAGUCUGAUUGAGCUGCAGAAAACGGUGAUCAAAUACAUACAAAACCUACCGGGCAACGAUCAGUGCUGUGAUUGUGGCUCGAAGAACGAUGUUACCUGGAUCAGUUUAAAUUUCGGCAUUCUGGUUUGCAUUCAGUGCUCCGGAGUUCACCGGGAUUUGGGUGUGCAUCACUCCCGAAUCCAGAGUCUUACGCUGGACAAUUUGACAACGGCGCAGCUGCUGAUUGCGCGUGCCAUGGGAAAUAACAGUUUGAACGAAGUGAUGGAAGCGACCCUCGGGAAGGGUAAAUUGACGCACGAAAGUUCGAUGGAGGAACGAUACGAUUUUAUUCGAGCAAAGUACAUAGCGAAGCGAUAUGUGAUGCGGACCUGUGCCGAUGAUCAAGACCUUCGGAGCGAUCUGGAACAGGCGGUGAUUAAUGCGGAUCUCGGUCAGCUGCUGCAGGUUUGGGCGGAAGGAGCCGAUUUGUCUUGUGUACUGCCAUCAUCGGAAUUUGGCGAAACUGCACUUCACUUAUCCGUUUUGCGUGAGAUGGGAUCUACACUGCAUAUCGUGGACUUUUUAAUCCAAAACAUGACCGCACAGGGUCUCAAUAAGCAGACAAACCCACCCGGGCCGGCUGACAUGUCCGGAAAGAAUACGGCUCUGCACCUGUGUGCCCUGCACGAUCGACGGGAAUGCAUGAAACUGCUGCUACGCUCGGGCUGUGAUUUCGAUGUGAAAAACUCUCAAAACCGAACGGCGCUAGAUAUUGCCAAAGAAAUGGGUCACGAGGCCUGCAAGGAACUGAUUGAACAUGCCAUGAAGCGCGAAAAAAGCGCAUUCGAUCACAUCAACACCGACUGGAACAUUCACGAUGAUGGUUCAACUGAUUUCUCCGAUGACGAUACGGUGCUGAUGGACGAAAGAAAAUCCCGGUCGAGGCCGCCUAGCUUUGUUGGUGGCGAUUCUCCAGUAGCUCUGCGAUCUCGCUCCUCUACCUGCGACUCCAUUCAGAGUGGUUCCAGUCCCAGUUCCAGUUGCAAUCCUAACCUUGUGCCGGCCAGUGCACAACAAAUUCCCGGCGGUGGCCAGCAGCGACAGAUUCCGAUCCCAUCGUCCGGUACUAGUCCAAAGCAGUAUGCCGGCGCGUUUGCGUCACACUACGGUAACACAGGAGCCGGCUCAGCCACCGGCGGUUCUAGUCCUAACUCCAGUAGUUCUAGCAGUAUUGUGCGUCAAGCGUCGGCACAAAUUUCGGCCGCUGCCGCUGCAGCUGCCGUUAGUUCGCAGAGUAAAAAGUCCUCCUCUGUUAACAUUGGCUCGCUGAAAAAACGUACCGCUCCAGCUCCUCCGCCGACAGGUUACGGAACUUUACCGCAUGCUCCACGCCAUUCGCAGAAUAUUGACAAUGAAAUCUUUGGUGUUGCUUCGCACCACCUUCAUCAUCAUCAUCAGGAUGUGUACAGCACACUGCCACAUUUGCGAGGAUCGGAUAGUGGUGGAGGGACAGGCGGUGGAGGAGGAGCAGGUGGAGGUGGGAUAAGCUGUGGAACAGUCACCUGUCCCACUGGAGCAAAGUCAAACUCAUCUCAGCAACUGCACUUUGAUAACAAAAUUUACGAGCGCUUCGAAGGCUAUAUGCAAUCGGGCAGGGAUGCAAAUUUUCUUAGUUCAUUUACCGGUGGCCAUAAACGAUCUCCAAGCGGGGAAUCGCUGGGUCGAAACCUAGCUGGAGCAAAACUAGUCCUCCCACCGGCGGGAGAAAUUCCUCAGCUCAAACCAGUGGAUAAAAGUAUUCACCACCGACCGAAACUACCACCGCCACCGGGUCUUCCUAGCGCAGAGAAAGCUCUAUCUAAUGGUCAAUCGAACGAAAGUUUGUCGUCGUUAGACGAAGCCGUCGUGUUAAGGAAAAAGACGACCAAAGCGCUAAAUUCAUCCAACUACGGUGACUACGGCAGCGAGAUGGAUUAUUCCGGUCAGCUUGACCACUCGAUAGCAUCGUCGUCCGGUGGAGCACUAGACUCUGCCAACAGUAGCUUCAGUCGAAACGAUACAAGCGGAGCUUCCGCGUCGUCCGGUGCGCAUGGUGAAGGCUUGAAUAAAUCCAAAAGUCCUGGCACCUUCCGAGGUUAUACUGGCCCGCGACGGUGUCGCGCCCUGUACGACUGCAAUGCCGAUAACGACGACGAGCUGGAGUUCAAGGAGGGUGAAAUUCUGAUCGUGCUGAACGAGCGAACCGAUGACGACAACUGGAUGGAGGGGGAAAUCGAAGGCGACAGCACACGGCGCGGUAUGUUUCCGGUAAGCUUCGUGCAAAUGCUGGAAGAUUAGCCCGGAUCGGACCGGAUAGUUAGACGCAAAAAACGACAAAUCUAAUUUUGGAGCUGAGCUUCGACUAAUCGUUGUACAAGUGACAUUCUGUUACGCUUUUAUUAAGGAAUUUUUGGGAUAUUUUGACGGAGCAGAAAAUGCGAUUGCGAUGAAGGUAAUGAAGAGUGAUAAUUCUAAGUCUGCUGAUCUAAAUAUCAAAUCUAUAAGAAAGCCCUAAGUGAAGACAACCGCGCGUUCUAUUUAUUAUUCAUUUAGUUGUAUAUUUGUCUUCUACUUUGAUUGUUCUCAUUUAGUAGAACGGAUUUAAAUGGGAUACUGGAAAUCCCUUUAUCGAUUGAACUGCUCAACAAGGAAAUUUUUCCUGGAAAAUGUGCAAAUGAUUACCAUUCACAUCUCUUUUAUAUCUCAUCAACUAUGCCACAAUUUUAUCUAAUGUCCCCACUUUUGUCACCUGUAUUCAACACGAGCGCAUUUUACGCAAAUUACAAAAAUGUUAAACCUAAGAUCAAAGCAUUUAUUCACAGGUACGUUGUUUAGCUUUUCGGCAAAAGUGUAUUAGACAAAAACAAAUUCAAAGCAUAUAACAGAUAUUGUUUGCAAACAACUAUUAUCGAUAAAAAAUAUAUUAAAAAAACUUGGAGAAAAAAAAAACAAACAAAACAUUAAAUGACCGCUCUGUAGGACAACUGCGAGUUGCUAAAUGAGUUGACUUCAGUAAAAGUUCUCGUUGUGGGUAGCGGAGUAAUAGAUUUAUAAACUUCAUGUGCCAGUAAAGAAGAAAACAAAUUUCUUAAGUUAUGAGCUAAAAUUCUAGUAAUAGUACCUAUCGGAACAGUACGAAUGAAACAUAAUACAUUACAAGAAUGCAAAGCAGAAAUAUCCAAUCGUAGAAAUCGUUACUCAGUGUGUAAUAGAAUUGACGUCUCCUGAAAAUACAAUCAUAACACGUAGAACCUGUCCUCCUCAAUCGAGUCACAUAUUCCUCAGUAGAUCCUACCAAUCUCCGUUAUACAGAAAUACAAUAUUACAAAUAAUAAUAAAAAAAACUACGAAAACAACUGGAUAGUUCGCUAUUACCGAUUACCUACCAAAUAAGUAUUACUGUUGAAACUAAAAUGAAAAAAGUAUGCGACAAAAAAGGAAAAGAUUAAUUACAACUGUUAGAAGUGAAUGAAUUAAAGAAAUAAAUAAUAAAAUAAACAACCGCGUUAAAACAGAAUAAAAACAGCAAAAUACUCGAAAAAAGAAAAUUACCCGAACCAACAGAUCAGAGAUAAAAAUCAAACUACUAUUACUACAAAGAAGAAAAAAAUAAAACUUGCAAAACUACUAUUAUACUAGGUGUGAGUGAAUGUUGUUACUUGAAAGACACAAACAAACAAACCGGAACCGUGUAGUAGUCAUGUAAAAUUUUGUUGCAAAGGAACGCCAAAACAAAGCGUGAAGAAAAUGCAAAACAAAGAAGAAAAAGAAAACAAUUGCAGUGCAAUGGCAACGGAAAAGCAUCAUCGGAACGAACGGAAGCGCACGAAAUAAAUA